ACUUUUGCUCCGGUGCAAUUUGGGACCUGGUUUGGAAGUGUGUCGAGCAGAGCCGGGAUGACGACCCCCAGCCCGUCAGUGACCCUCAGCCCCGGGACCACCGAGGGGCCCUACAAUCCGGGUGUGGCUGUCAACAACCCCGCAGACAUCUCAGUCAUUGUCAUCUACUUCCUGGUGGUGUUGGCUGUGGGAGUUUGGGCAAUGGUGAGCACCAACCGUGGCACUGUGGGUGGCUUCUUCCUGGCUGGUCGGAGCAUGGUGUGGUGGCCGAUUGGAGCCUCGCUGUUUGCCAGUAACAUUGGCAGUGGUCACUUUGUGGGCUUGGCUGGCAAUGGAGCUGCUGGUGGAAUAGCGACUGGAGGAUUCGAAUGGAACGCCCUGGUGAUCGUCAUCAUCUUAGGGUGGAUUUUUGUACCCAUCUACAUCAAAGCCGGGGUGGUGACCAUGCCGGAGUAUCUCAAGAAACGAUUUGGUGGCGAUCGUAUCAGAAUGUACCUAUCUGUCCUCUCGCUGUUCAUGUACAUAUUCACCAAGAUAUCGGCUGACAUGUUUUCAGGUGCCAUAUUUAUCCGGGAAGCUCUGGGGUUGAACAUAUACGUUGCAGUAGUGAUUCUCUUGGCCAUCACUGCCCUCUACACUGUCACGGGUGGCUUGGCAGCUGUGAUCUACACUGACACUCUGCAGACCAUCAUCAUGGUGGUGGGUUCCUUCAUUCUGAUGGGCUUUUCAUUCAAUGAGAUUGGUGGAUAUAAUGCAUUGGAGGAAAAGUACAUGAAUGCCAUCACAACCAAGACCACUGAUCCAUUAUUCAACAUCAGUGAGAAGUGUUAUACACCCAGAGCAGAUUCAUUCCAUUUGUUUCGAGAUCCUAUUAACGGCGACUUGCCCUGGCCGGCUCUCAUCUUUGGACUAAGUGUACUGGCUAUAUGGUAUUGGUGUACUGACCAGGUAAUAGUUCAACGUUGUCUCUCAGCUAAAAAUAUGAGCCACGUGAAGGCUGGUUGCAUUCUAUGUGGUUACCUCAAACUGCUUCCCAUGUACCUCAUGGUUUUCCCAGGAAUGGUCAGCCGAGUUCUGUACACGGAUGUUAUAGGUUGUGUCGUACCUUCUGUAUGCAAACAAUACUGUGACACAGAAGUUGGAUGCAGCAACAUUGCCUAUCCCCGAUUGGUGGUGAAGCUAAUGCCACAAGGUUUACGGGGUUUGAUGUUGUCUGUAAUGUUGGCUUCUUUGAUGAGCUCCCUGACAUCCAUCUUUAACAGUGCCAGUACCCUCUUUACCAUGGACCUUUACACCAAGAUCAGACCACAUGCCAAAGAAAGAGAGCUCAUGUUAGCAGGGAGAGUUUUCAUCCUGGUGUUGAUUGGAAUCAGCAUUGCUUGGAUCCCAAUUGUACAAACUGCACAGAGUGGCCAACUCUUUGACUACAUCCAGUCCAUCACCAGUUACCUUGGACCACCUAUAGCUGCAAUCUUCUUGCUGGGCAUCUUUAUCAAACGUGUAAAUGAACAAGGUGCUUUUUGGGGGUUAAUAAUUGGCCUUUUGAUCGGGCUGUCCCGAAUGAUCACCGAGUUCGUGUACGGAACAGGGAACUGUGUGAAACCUUCCAACUGCCCGUGGAUUAUUUGCGGAAUCCACUACCUGUACUUUGCCCUCAUCCUUUUUGGUGCCACCUGCAUAAUUGUGCUUGGCGUCUCUCUCAUCACAAAACCGAUCGACGACGUACAUCUGUACCGCCUCUGUUGGAGUCUCCGGAACAGAAAGGAGGAGCGUAUCGAUUUGGAUGCUGGCAACAGUAGUAAUAAUGACAAUGACAGUGAAGCAGAGGACGAUGAAGAGUCAGAACCACGGGAGGUAGGCAUGUGCAGGAAAGCCUACAACUGGUUCUGCGGAUUUGAGGACAAGGGCCCAAAGCUGAGCAAAGAAGAACAGGAAGCCAUUCAGCAGAAGCUGACAGACACAUCAGAAGACCCACUCUGGAGGAACGUAGUCAAUAUCAAUGCCAUCAUUCUGCUCUCGGUCUGUGUCUUCUUCUGGGCAUUUUACGCAUAAAAUCAACGACAGGCUGGAAAAAUCUCACACAAGGGCCCAAUUCCUGAAAGUUUAUUGAACACUUACCAGUAAUAAAUAUACAAUGCAAUGUUGAUAAAAAAAGUAUGAUGAUCACAAACGUUAUUGUGUUGAACAGGUUGAUGUUGAUGAUGAGAAUAGAAUGUAAUUUAAUUUAAAAUGAACAAAUGU